AGGACACCCCUGCAUCCAAGCGGAAUCCGUAGCCCUUUAGACUCAAACCAUCCUGGCGCACCUCGGACUCGCGCAGUCCUUCUGAGUGCAGUUUCCCAUCCGCUACCGGUCUCUGUCGUGCCCGCUCCGAGGGGAUGGCGCCCUCCAUGCGCGCGCUGCUUCCUCUGGCCCUCGUUUGCUGCCAGGCGGCCGCCCUGACCACAAGCAAGCCCCGUGUGCGGACCAGGACGAAGACGCUGGUGGCGACCAUGGUCUUCCCAGACGACGAAAUCCCGGUCGACCUCAUGAUGGAGCACCACCUCCGAAUGGUAAGCAGCAAUAUGAGCAUCCUUCAGGGGGCCAUCAUCGACAACCGACCACCGUGGGGCGAGAUGAAGAGCAACCAAGAGCCUCUGCUGGGACGCUACAGGCGCUCUCAGGACGGCACGGGCGUUGUCAGGGUGAAGAGGGUGGACUAUUCCAACUUGUCUACCCUCAUCACCCGAUUCUUCAGCUCCGAAGAGAUCAGCUUGCAUGCCAAGACCGUCAAUCUCGCGGCGGACAUGCCAACCAACGUUUCGAAGCUCGACGAGAAGGCCAACGCCGCCCGCAUGUUGGGCAUGCUGAACUUCCUGGAACUUUGCGCAGAUGCGGAGGCCGACGUGGAUCUGUGCAUCUACAUGGACUCCACAACGUUUGUGCACCGCUCGAACGACACUGGGAUUGUUGAGCAGGCUGUCAAGGUGUUCCAGCAAAACCCCCAGGCUGUGGUGCUGAACCCGCCGGACAUGUGCACUUACACGAAGGCCACGCAGAACAGCGUGUGCAAGGCCGGCAACGUCACCAGCGGGAUCAACCACGGUUUCUUCGUGGUCAACCGCGACCGUUUCGAGGGCUUCGCGCCCAUGCCUGUGGAGUCGGUGGGCCUGGGCAGCGUCUUCGAGGAAUUGCUGGCCGAGGGGCUGACCAAGGGCGGCGUGGAGGGCCCCGUGAAGCAGAUCCGGUGCGGCGGCGCCUUCGCCAUCCACCCGUACGACACCAGCCUGGGCAGGUACGCCUGCAGCUCCCAGAGGCAGCUCGGGCUGUCUGCGCACUCGCAGGCCGCGACGAGCAGGGCCGGCUCGGCGCGGGACGCGGGCAUCUUCUCUGAGGACUACGCGCGCUUCCCAGGGGGCGGGCUGCGUGCCAAGGGCCUGGCGGCGCUUAUCGAGCGCUUCGAGGCGGGCAAGUUUCCCGAGGCUAAGCCCAUGGACAGUCUCACCAACAAGUGCAACAACAUGUGCCCCUCGAAGGAGCGCAUCAGGGACGGUCUGGCGUGGUGAGGUCCGCUGCUGGGCGUGUCCCUCACGAAGAGGGUAGCGGAGGAAAUGGAUCUUUCGAGUGAGGAGCAGCUGCAUAAGCAUAAACGUUUGGGAGUCAGCGCAGAUCGCUUGGAUGGGCGCGGGACCCCCCUCCCGAGCGCGCCAGGGGUGGCUCCGAAGGCGCCGCGAGGGGCUCCAGCGCCGAUCCACGUAAUCCGCGCGGGCCUCCGAAAGAUUGCGGUUACAGUCAGCCCGCAUCGUAAGGAUGAGCGACUUUCCAAGGUUGCCCGUGCAUCCUUGCCCUUCGGCCCAUCCUCGGCCGCUUUCGCUGGCCGCGCCCGCCCCGCUCGCAGAGUGUCGACACGGCCUUCCAGGGUCCGUGCAUCCGUAUCGUGUGCGCUUAGUGCACGGGUUGACUGUGCUCUGUCUCCCGUCCUCCCAUGCUUGCUCGUUCGUGUACGUUUUGUUAUUUUGUUUGGUGCUGCGGCACUCCUGGCAUUCCGACCACGCUCUCGCAGGCCCCGGGGGGCCACAGCAGCGGGCAUGACUUCGCGCGUGCUGGAGCGCGCCGCGCCGUACGUAUCCUGUCCGGCGGGGAA